AUGCCACCAAAACCAUCUGCCAAGGGAGCUAAGAAAGCCGCCAAGACCCAGAAAGUCGCCCGUACUGGAGACAAGAAGAAGAGAAAGUCCAGAAAGGAGUCUUACGCCGUCUAUGUCUACCGUGUUUUGAAGCAAGUUCACCCCGACACCGGAAUUUCUUCAAAGGCCAUGAGCAUCAUGAACUCUUUCGUUAAUGAUGUCUUUGAGCGUAUUGCUAACGAGGCUUC